UACUGGGUAGGAACAUAACAUUUUGUUCUUUCCUUCAUGUUUUUAUUUGACACAAUUAGACGUGCGAAAAUUGAAAACCAAAAAUGUCCCCCAACAAACGUAUCGCAGUUUGGAUGUCCGAAAAAAAAAUUCAGAAAGUAAACUGGCAGGAACUCGAAACAGUCUGCGGUAAUUAUGGCUUUGAAGUGUUCAAAUUGUGUCUAAAAAGUAGUUUGGAAUCCCAAGGACCAUUCUGUGUAUUAGUGCAUAAAAUGACGGAUAUUAUAGCCUCUGCAAAUUUGGGUGAUGUUAGGUGUAUUGCAAUACUUCAAGAUGUAGAGAGGUACAUCUCCCAAAAUCCCACACUCAUUGUGAUAGAUCCUAUACCAAAUGUAAGAAAAAUAAUAGAUAGGUAUAGCUGCUACAGUAUUAUCCAUUCUACGAAUUUAUGCACCUACGAAGUUUUCACACCCAAUUUCUGUACGCUGGAAACAAACGAUGUGGAGACCAUCAAACAUCAAUUGCGAAUAGCCCAUGUCACUUAUCCAUUUUUAUGCAAACCUCUACUGGGUCAUGGUUCUCGGAAAGCCCACCAAAUUUGUAUAAUAUUCAAUGAAAGGAGCCUUAUAGAUAUCAGCACACCGUGUGUAGCACAAAGCUUCAUAAAUCACGAUGCUUCAUUAUUUAAAAUAUAUGUUGCCGGGGAUAAGCACUGUAUGGUGGAAAGGCCUUCUUUGAAAAAUUAUCAAGCUUCGGACAGAGAGACAAUAUACUUUGAUUCGAGUGAUGUUUCUAAGGCGGGAUCUAAGAGUCGAUUAUCGGUACUUGACCCUGAAGAUGUUGUAGAGAGGAGGGAGCCAGAUGAGAAAAUUAUUAAUCUAAUAGCCACGACUCUGAGGAAAGCAUUCGGGAUGGAUCUAUUCGGAGUUGACGUAGUAAUUGAAAAAUCUACAGGGAAAUACGCUAUCAUAGAUGUAAAUGCUUAUCCAGGUUAUGAUGGAUUCCCGAACUUUUAUGAAGCUCUCUUAGAAUGCAUUUCCAAAAAAAUGUCCACAGAUCUUACAUAGACACGUGGGAUUUGUUGGUUAUGAUCUACAAACUAAAUAUACUCUGUAAAAAUGAUUCAUCAGAAAACUGCCAAAAAAAUUUUGUAAUACUGCUCAAAGCAACCUGUUAUAGCUUAGGAUAUAUUCAUAAUUUUUAUAGCAUAUUUAUUAUAUUUAUACUAUUAAAGCUUGAAAAAUA